CUCGCUCGAGACAGCAGCUUCACCACCACCCCAUCUCCACUUCCAACUCGACAGUCUGCACAAUGGCGGCUACGCGAUCCGCCGCUCUCAAGGUCGACUGGGCCAACCUAGGCUCCAAGCUAGGUCUCAAGGGAAGCACCGCCAACUCCCUGGCCGCCUUCAAGCAGCGCAACGAUGCCGCGCGCCGCAAGGUCCAGCAGCUCUCCGAGCAACCCCAAACCGUUGACUUCCAGCACUACCGCUCCGUCCUGAAGAACCAGGACGUCAUCGCCGAUAUUGAGAAGCAAUUCUCCGCUUUCCAGCCAAAGAAGUACGAUGUGCAGAGACAGAUCAAGGCCAUUGAAGCUUUUGAGGCCCAGGCCGUCAAGAGCGCUGAGGAGACCAAGGGCAAGGUAGACGCUGAGCUGCAGGAUUUGGAGAAGACUCUUAAGAACAUUGAGUCUGCCCGACCAUUUGAGGACCUCACUGUGGACGAAGUUGUUGCUGCCCGCCCAGACAUCGACGAGCGCGUCUCGCAACUCGUGUCGAAGGGUCGCUGGCAAGUUCCAGGCUACCAGGAGAAAUUCGGCAACCUCUCAGUGCUAUAGAUGGGUGCUGCCAAUGUUCUAUAGAGCCACAUCCUGUAUAUAUGCCUACUGAGUCUCCUUUGUUGAGUAUGCUUUUCAUGUGCAUGUGCAGCAGAUCUCGACGGUUUCCAUCUCUUUGCUCACCAGUCGUACUUACCCAGCAGGCA